UUUUUCUAAAAUCUAUCAAAUUGGAGCUUCCAUAUGUAUAAAUAAUAUUAAUCGCGCUGUUGGUUGCUUUCGCAUGAGAGUGCGUUAUUAUAACGCCACACACUUCUGAUGGACCAAGAUGGAUCUCGGUUACUACUAUACCAACCGGAAAAGGUCUGGACCGGAUCAGGGUUAUGCUUGGGUCGUGGCGAUAGCUUGCUUUUUCAUUAAUUUCCUUCUGGUUGGCAUUGCCAGAAGUGUGGCUGUUUUGUAUGUAGCUUUAGUGGAAACGUACGGAAUUACGCGUCAACAGGCCACUUUACCAUUCAGUAUUAGAGUAGCACUUAGAAAUUUGUCAGGCCCUCUCAUUGGUCUUUUGGGACUGAAGUAUGGUAUUCGUGCAGUGACGGCUGUGGGUGGUUUUGUGGCUGCUAUAGGUAGCAUCUUGUGUUAUUUUGCGCCAGAUGUAAUAUGGAUAACAGUUUUCUGGGGCCUCAUUCAUGGAAUAGGAUUCGGGCUCUCAACAGUCAUUCACAUGAUGAUUAUCAACCAGUAUUUUGACAAAUACAAAGCCUCAGCUUUAGGUCUAGGGUAUUCAGGAGACUGUUUUGGAACCUUUGCAUUUCCCGUUAUAAUGGAGUAUCUACUCUCCACUUACGGUGUGAAAGGAACUUUUCUCAUUCUAGGCGGGAUAGUCUUCAACGUCAUUCCAAUGGCCUUGCUUUUAAAGAAACCGCCGUGGAUUGAGAAUACCAAAAAGUCUGGCAAUUUUUCUAAAAAUAUUGCUCAAGAAAAUUCUAAAGAAAUUAAACCUUUCAAGGAACCCACGAGAGAAUCUGUUGGAUACCGAAAUGAAGGAUUUUUAAAUCUCGAUGAAGAUUUGGCGCCGUAUGAUAGCAUUGCUAUGCAGAAUGGCAAAAGCAGAUCGAUAAAACAAGAAGACGAUGCUCCCCCUGUCUACCAAGAUGUUGUAAAAACAAAUCUUCGAAUCGGUAGCAUUAAACAGGACAUAUCGUCCAUCAGCGGUUCUCUUCGUUCGCAUCGAAAGCCUUCCGAAAUUUCUGAAAUCAUAAGGGAAAGCAUGGUCAGACAUGAUUCAUUACCACCGGUAUUUGAAAAAGAAUCACUUCCUUCGGAUAGUAAUCACUCUGAGAACUGUGAUGAUGUACAAACUACAAUCCAGGGAAACAACCACGAUGAAGAAAGAGGCAAAGGACUCCAGUAUUCAGCUAGCAUGAAAAAAAGGACAUCUAGUUUCGUUGGUCAAAUGGCACAAGAUAUUGUACACAGAAUGCGAUCUGCUAGUUUCGCCAGCCAGGUUGCUCAAGAUGGAUUUAUUACAAGUAUUGAACCACAGCAAAAUGAAGAUUUUGACUCACAACCGGAAGAAUUUUCUGGCAUCGUUUGCCAACAAGUUCAAACCGAUAAACAAAUUGAGAAAAUUCGAGCGGAUAGCAUCAGAGGAGAGCUCAUAAUUCCGCCAAACAAUCAAGACUCAUCAAAUGGCACUAAAGAUCAAACGUAUUCUUACUGGGCCAUACAAGUCAAAGAGACCAAAAAGCCCACCAUUUUAAAAUCAUUACUCAAAACCAACAUGAAACCUAUAUUUGUAUUAAUUAGCAUUUCUAUGGCUGUUUAUGCUUUUCUAUUUGUUGGAGUGCUUACAAUAAUCAUUGAUUAUGCUGUAGAUCAGGGAGUUUCACACGACGAUGGCAAAUUCCUGAUCAUCGGUUUCUCUGUUGCUGAUUUGAUAGGCAGAUUGAGUUUCGGACAAGUUAUCGAUAGGAAAUUAGUCAAAAUUAAAAACUAUUCAGGCAUGACUAUGCUUUUGAUGGGGACCCUCGUUGCUUCUCUGCCUUUCAACAAGAGCUUCAAUUUUAUGUUGGUCUGCAUGUGCCUCUAUGGACUUGUCCAAGGUGGAACAGCUAUCAUGUUUCCAAUCCUUGUUGGCCAUUACAUGGAUAAGAGUGAAGAAUCAGUGGCAAUGGGUUGCCUGAAUUUCUACGGAGGUCUUCUGAUGCUUUGCAUGGCUCCAAUGAUAGGAUAUUUUAGAGACAACACAGGCUCUUACAACGGUGUAUUUCACAUUCUUGGUGGCUUGGUGGCUUUCGUUGGUCUCAUCUGGCAGCUCGAGCCUGUCAUUCUGAAAUUUCAAAGGAAACAAAUGCUGAAAAAAGCGAACUAUAUCAUCGUCACUAAACUCUAAUGCUGAUAUAUAUUCUUGUAAAAUCAGGGAGUUUUCAUCAACUUGUAACAUUUUGUAUAUAAAAACUUAUUUAUCAUGGA